AUUAAACAGGAAGAUAGCCUGGCCGAAACCCGUCUCGGUGAAAUGGUAAAGGGACAGACCGGAGAAAAGCAGUAACGGGAGACAGGCUGCCCGCCGAGCCGCUUCGACAGACGGACAGAAAGCUGUCUUUCAGGACUAAACUCCGGCUGUGACGGCCGUUAAUUUAGUUCCCCGCUGCUACACGAGCGGAGCGGCGGUUUUUUAUAGCUAAGUUAGCUUGUCUGCUAACUUGAACAUUGGCAGAGAUUCUUCCACAGCUGCUCGGGGUUGCGCAAGACGGCAAGUCAGCUCGUUUCUGUCGCCCUUUUUGACGUCUCGCCAUGGGAUCCAGAGCGUCCACGUUACUCCGAGAGGAGGAAAUAGAAGAAAUUAAGAAGGAGACCGGCUUCUCCCACAGUCAGAUCACUCGGCUGUACAGCCGAUUCACCAGCCUGGAUAAAGGGGAGAACGGCACCCUGAGUCGAGAAGAUUUCCAGAGGAUCCCUGAGCUGGCCAUCAAUCCUCUGGGAGACAGAAUCAUCAACGCCUUCUUCCCUGAGGGAGAGGACCAGGUAAACUUCAGGGGCUUCAUGCGAACUUUGGCUCACUUCAGGCCGAUCGAAGACAACGAGAAGAGCAAGAAUCCCACAGCCAGCGAGCCUCUAAACAGCAGGACAAACAAGCUGCUUUUCGCUUUCCGCCUCUACGACCUGGACAGAGAUGACAAAAUCUCUCGGGAUGAGCUGCUGCAGGUCUUACGGAUGAUGGUUGGUGUAAACAUUUCAGAUGAACAGCUCGGCAGCAUCGCUGAUAGAACCAUCCAGGAGGCCGACACGAACGGAGAUAACUCCAUUUCCUUCAAUGAGUUUAUCAAGGUCUUGGAAAAGGUGGACGUGGAGCAGAAAAUGAGCAUCCGGUUCCUGCACUAAGUUUCCUUUUUUCCUACUCUGAGUAGAGCCUGAACAUGUCAGUUGAUGUUGGGAAACAACCUGAUCCAGCUUGUCAUUGGGCCGCUGCAGCCCGUCACCACCAGUAACACGCCGUCAGACCAAGCAUUCGGUAGAAAACGUCAUAGAUUUUUGAGUUUCUGCCUUUGCACCUCUCUGUCAACAAAGGGAAACGUUGCGUGCCUUGGGUUGUUUUAUGCAAUGUCACUAUGUAUUUUUUUUCCUAGUUAUGGAACAUUAUUUAUUAGUAAACUUUUAGAAGGGUCAUAGCUAGUACCAUAGCUAGUGCGGUACUAUUCAGCUUUUUGCUAUUGCAGUGAGUAAUUAAGUUUCAGUUCACUCAUGCUGUUCCAUUUAGCAUAUCUAGCACCUGCUGCAUCUUUGUCCGUAUACGUAUGCAAUGGUUCGUGUGGUUCCUCCUCAGAAAAGUCAGUGUUUUUAACACUAACAGGAUCUUCUGAAUCCUUUUUUUUCCACUUGUGACAGAGCCAGUCAGACCAGCCAGCUCUGAGUUUGUCCCUCGAAGCAAAGCAGGAUCUGCUCCACAGAUUGUUGUUUUACUCACUGAAGUGCCAUGGCUGUGGUUCCUCUUUAAGUUAUCUCAACAGAAAGCAAGAAUCCGUAGCCAUGUUUUAUUUUUAACCUCAGUACUGCCAAUGCACUGUAAUUACUAUUUUUCCAAAGCAAGUUUGACCCUUUUUCAAAGUCAGUAACCACCCGGGGGUCUGUUUGUUCAGUGUUGUGUCAAAGGAAAGGCUUGUGUUAAGAAUAAGAAAGAUUUCACACAAAAUUAUCUUAUCUCUUUAGUAUGUGAGUCUUCCAGAUAACAGAAGUACAUUUAAAAACACCAGGAUUUAGCUGCCACCUGCCACUGACCCGCUUUCUAAAGUUUGUCCCUCUGAUUGAGACUAAAUAGCAGCCUGGCUGUGGGUGCCAGGUUCUGUGGUGGAAACUGGGCUGUGGACCAUUUAGUGGAUUUAGAGCAAGUAGAGAAAAUACGCUUCGAUUUUAUUUAUAUGAUCAGUCAGCCUGUGGAAAAGGAAAAAAAUCUUUAAUGAUCGAUGCACUGCUCAACAUUCAUCUGGCAAUUUCCCAGCUGACUAGUUCAAAAAGAGAAUCAAAUGCAUUAAAAUAUAUAUAUUUUCAGGAAAAGCUAGUGCACAUAAACUGGAGAGCAAAUGUCUGACCCUUUAAUCUGUAAUGUGAGUUUGUUGAAUCAUUACCAGAACACUCUCCAGCAGCAGAGUGCAGGAAAUACAGCUCAACCAUUUAAUCAAUCAUUAUGUGAUUAUCAGUCAGGUGUGACUGACAUGUUCUGUGAUGUUGGUCUCGGUAUUAUCAAAGUGAUUCAUGAAUUUGAUUUGAAUAAAAUAAGUGCCAUGCUU